ACGAAGUGGAAAGCUUUUUGCGGUAUGUCGGUUCGCUAUUCGCGGCAUGUAUCGACGGCUUCAUCACAUUUGAGUGAAUAACUUUUCGUUUAAUCAUAGUGCGACAUUACUUGCGCAGUUUGUGAAUCAAGGAGAACAGAACAUGAUUCUUAUCGUGAAGUGGUUUGUUCUGUCCAUUUACGUGCAUUUGUGUGAAUCCAUUUGUGACGAAUAAUAAUUCAAAACCGUUCAUCUUCGGAUUCUCGAACUCCUUUCUGAAUGCGGUACCUUAAUUUAUUAUAACAGCCUUUAAGGAGGAAAAUGUCGACCGAGUGGGACAUAAACGACGCACAUAUACCCUUCGUUCAGGAUAUCUCCUACGACAAGUUCUGCGAGUGGGCGGAUGGCCACUGCCGCUUCGUGUAUCUGCCUACGGAUGACCAGGCGCGAAAACACAUUUCCGGCUGGGCAAUGCGAAACACCAACAACCAUAACGUGACUAUCCUGAAAAAGAGCUGCCUCGGGGUGCUGAUUUGUUCGGCCCGCUGCCGGCUACCGAACGGUAGCCAGAUACACCUGCGGCCAGCGAUAUGCGAUAAAGCCCGCAGAAAGCAGCAGGGGCGCGCGUGCCCCAAUCGAAACUGUAAAAACGGCCGCUUAGAGGUUCUAGCCUGUCGGGGCCACUGUGGUUACCCGGUGACACACUACUGGCGGCACACAGACACAGCGAUUUUCUUCCAGGCCAAAGGGGCCCACGACCAUCCGAAGCCGGAGUCGAAGACAUCAGGUGAAACCAGAAAGCUUUCCGGGAGUUGCGGGAAAACGAAAACGAAAAAACUUUCGGUGCUGCUGCUGAGAGAUGCUGCACUUGGAAAUAAGCUCAUGUCUUUGAAGAGUGGCAGCAAGGCUGCGGUAAGUUCUUCUACUGAAAUUCAACAGCCACCACCCUUAAUUCCAGAUUCAAGUGUUGAAAAGUUAAAAUGUUUAUCGUGCACCAAAAUGCCGUGCAUUUGCCGAAAUAACAACAAUAACAACAACACAGGCAAAAACUUCAACGGAUCAAGCACCAAUGCCCAGUCGGAGAGUAGUUUGCAUUGUUCGCAGGCCUCUACAUGGACGUGCUAUCCCACGAACAACCAACCAUACGAGGCUGCUGGUUGCACUAGUGCUCAAAAUAUGCCCGGCUAUUCAGCCAACGCCAUCGAGAGUUUCCAGCCUGAAGAAAUUUUCCAGCUAGAUCAGCCUCUAAGAAGCAGUUCCCAACAAGUUUCAAAUAUUGUAUCACCCCCGACAACACUUUUGGAUCUCGGAAGUGGAGCCAUCUAUAAGAAAUGUAACCAAAUUGCUCCCGAUUACUUCAUUAACGGAACCGGGACCGUGUUCGGAGAAAACUACUUAAACCAUCCAGUAUCCUGCGGGAGUACUUCCAUGUUCGAAAAGUGUUCUUCUGAAACCUAUUCUCAAAAAAUCAGUGAUUCCCAGAUAGGUCAUGGUUCAACGAAUAUAUCGUAUAAUACGGAUAUUUCCAGAACUAUCAAAAAAGAGUACGAUUCAAAAUCCUACGAAUAUGCGUUCACUCAACGAUCUCGAUAUGACUGUGAUAGCCAGCUAAGCUGUAAAAGAGCUAUUAGGACCGCCUCAACUCACCCAAGUAAUAGUACUGAUAACACCUCCAGCGGCCAGUUCGAGCGAAUUCAAAGCACUUAUGAUAUUUGCGAUGAUGUCAAUUACUGCUUCCAAAACGAACCCGGUACUUACCAACACAGCUACAAUAUCAACUGCGCAUCCUCUAAUGGGACUGUUCACCCCGCUGCUACGGGUGCAAGUCUAUCGAGAAACUUUUCGGAAGAAAGUUGCCGAUAUUCCAACAGCGGUUACAUUAAAACAGGACCACAGAGUACAGCAAACGGUGCCCAGUUCCAGCAAAUGAAUCCCGAGGUUCCCCUUGCAUCAUAUGAUUUUUACUGA